AUGACUACAGCAGUGCGCCAACGCCUUCGAGGCAAGACUGUCCUUAUCACUGGCGCAUCCUCAGGGAUUGGCAGAAGCACCGCGAAAGAAUUUGCGCGAGCCGCAGGAGGUAACAUCAAGUUGGUUCUAGCUGCACGUCGCAUUGAUGCGUUGGAAUCUUUGUCUCAAGAAAUCAAGAAUGAAGUUGGUGAAGGUGUCGAAGUGCUUACGGUCCAGCUCGAUGUGAGCAAGCCUGCAGAAAUAGCACGUGUCAUUCAGGCUCUGCCAGAGAAAUUUGGAGAUAUUGAUGUUCUUGUCAACAAUGCUGGCUUAGUUAAGGGUGUUGACAAAGCUCCCGAUAUCGCGCUAAAUGACAUGCAAGUCAUGUUUUCUACAAAUGUUGAAGGUCUGAUUAAUAUGACACAAGCCAUAUUGCCAAUUUUCCUUCAAAGACCAAAUGGUGGGUCUGGAGAUAUCAUCAAUAUCGGCAGCAUUGCUGGUCGCGAGCCAUACCAAGGGGGAAGCAUCUACUGUGCGACCAAGGCAGCUGUCCGCAGUUUCACGGAUGCUUUGAGACGCGAGCUUAUCGCAACCCGGAUCAGGGUGAUUGGGAUUGACCCGGGUCAGGUUGAAACAGAGUUUUCUAUAGUGAGAUUUCGGGGUGACAAGACCAAAGCGGAUGCGGUAUACGCGGGAUGCGAACCCUUGACUCCAGACGAUGUGGCGGAAGUCAUCGUAUUCGCAGCGGGCCGGCGAGAAAACGUCGUACUAGCAGAUUCAUUGUUAUUCCCCAAUCAUCAAGCAGCUGCAACGGUCAUGCACAGGACAUCCUAA